CUUGAGUUGUGAUCGCGCGGCAGCACAGAGUUUUGGAUAAGCAGAGCAGCUACAAUCACACAUACACACGUACAUAUACAUAUGUACACAUCUCCACAGGCGCGUAACUGUUAAGAAUACAUACAUACAUAUGUGCAUAUAUUGUACAUAGAUACAUGAGCAAACACACAUACACACACGCAUGUGUAUACUUUGUUUACUACUUCGUAGCAGCAAACAACAACAGAGUGAGGAAAGAGGCGAAGAAUUAGACAGCUUUGCAGCAAAUGUCUAAGAAAUCCAAAAACAAAAACGAAAAGAGAAAUUUUUGAUAUUCUGUGUGGACGAGUAGAAAAGAACUGGAAACGGAUAAAUUGACAAAUAAAAAAAUAAACUUGUUUUAAUAUUGGAUUUGUGGCCAAGCGUACUUCAAACGUAGCUUUUAAAAUGAGCAGCUCACCCAUUACUGCAUUUUACGAGGGGCGUAAUGUCUUUAUUACCGGAGCCACGGGAUUUGUGGGCGUUACCAUUGUGGAAAAGCUGCUUCGCGAUGUCCCCAACGUGGGCACACUGUACUUGCUUAUGCGCGCAAAAAAGGGCAAGUCGGUGCAGGAGCGCCUGGAGGAGUUGAAGAAAAACUCGGUAUUUGAUCGCUUCAAGGAGCUAAAGCUGGAGGCGCGUCUUUCAAAGAUUGUACCCAUCGAGGGCGAUGUUGGCUUGGAUCAUUUGGGUAUUUCGCCCAAAGAUCGUCAAACACUCAUCGAUAAUGUUAAUGUGGUCUUUCACUCCGCCGCCACAUUGGAUUUUUUCCAAUCCCUCAAAGAGACCACAAACAUAAAUCUGCGUGGCACACGUCGGGUGGUUGAGUUAUGCCAACAGCUGCGCCAAUUAGAUGCGCUCGUUCAUGUAUCUAGCGCUUAUGUGAAUGCAUACAUCACCGAGGUGGAGGAAAAGCUCUAUCCAUUGCCUGAUGAUCCAGAAAAAAUUAUACAGCUGUCCGAGACCUUAAGCGACGAUGCUUUGAAGGAGCUGGAGCCGAAAUUGCUUAAGGAUCAUCCAAACACUUACACCUUCACCAAGCACUUAGCCGAGCAUGAGGUGGCAAAUACGGCCUCUCGUUUCCCCUGUGGCAUUGUGCGGCCCAGCAUGAUUACGGCGGCGUGGAAGGAACCAAUUCCAGGAUGGACCAUUUCCAAGAACGGCCCACAGGGUUUCUUCAUGGGUGCCUCAAAGGGCAUCUUGCGUCGUCUACCCUUAGAUCCCAGCAUUAUUAUGGACUAUAUACCAAUUGAUGUCGUUGUCAAUGGCAUCAUAACCACUGGCUAUUACGUCAACACGUUAAAAGCCAAAAAUGGCGGUCGUCCUGCGGAGCUGCAAAUCUUCCACUUAACAUCGAGUACCUAUAAACCAUUCCGGUUUGAAUUCCUGGCCGAUAAGAUCAACACCUACCUGCAUGAAUAUCCGCUUAACAGCGCUGUUUGGUAUCCAAAUCUGCGCCUGGUCAAAAGCCUGUUUUUGUUUAGAUUGAGCGCCAUUCUAUUUCACUUUAUUCCUGGAUUUUUCCUUGACUUGGUUACCAAAAUUUCCGGCGGCAGACCAAUUUUAAUGCGGCUGCACAAGAACGUAUGGAACUCCCUCAACACUCUGGAACGUUUCAUCUUCACGGAAUGGCAUUUCGACAGCAAACGUCUGCUGGCCCUGUCCAAAACUUUAGACAUAGCCGAUCGUAAGAAAUUUUUCAUCGAUAUUGGCGAGUUGGCUUGGGAUGAAUACUUUUCCAAUACCAUUAUGGGCGUACGUCAGUACCUGAGCAAAGAAUCUCCCAAGAAUCUUGACAAAGCUCGCCGUAAGGACAAAAUCUUAUUGGGCAUGCACGUUGCGCUGCAGCUUCUUUUCUACUAUGGCGUCUUCAAGCUCAUAAUUGCCGUUACGGGUAUUACCAAUGCCAAGGCAGCGCUUAUCCUGCCCAUCUUUUAUUAUUUGUUUGGACUUCUUUAGAGCGCGCAAAUGUACAUCUGGUAGUAUAUAUUGAUUUUAGUUACUUAUUUAACAAAAAACUGUAUGUUUCUCAGUGUUAUUUAUACAUGUUUUUCGCAAGUUGUACACGGUUUGGUAUUGAAAUAAAUAUUAAUUCUCAA